UAUUCUGUUGUUGGUCUUUUGUGGACAUUCGCGUUCGGGAAGCGUUGGCGCGCGCAGCAUCAAAAUCACGCCCAACCGUUUUUAAUUCAUUCGAAAAUCGCAGCGCGCAUUGUGAAAACGUAAAAAUUAAAAAUCACAGCAAUUCGUCCAUUUUGGUGGUUCAAGUAAAAGUGUGUACUUAGAGAAAGUGGAAAUUUUGUGUGCCAAAAUCAAAAAAAAAGCUAUAAUAAAAAUAUAAAAAAAUUUAACUUAUAAGAAAAAAAAUUGUUAUUGGAAAAUUUGAAGAUUGCUUAAGUAUGAAUUCCCAAAAUAGACAGAAAGUGAUUUUGUGUAGUUCAACAGUGUGCUAUUUAUGCAUACAUAUUUACAUAGAGUGUUUGUUGUGAUCAGUUUGCAGCAACAUCUGGCGUGUAUAUACAUACAUAUACAUACAAAUUGUCAAUGUUUUUUACUUGAGUUGUGUUUUUGUAUACUAAUUGCUUGUACCGGAAAGAUGUGACCUCGCACUUCACCAAGUCAAGUGCUACUCAGUGCUAAUGCGUUUUCCACACACUAUCACUAAAUUUGCCAAUCUUAUCUGACAAGUGAAGUGAAAUAAAUCAAAUAACGUAACUAAUCUAACGUUAACGUAUUUCAAAAUAUAAUGAGUGACAGGCAGUUACAGCAGCAAACUGCCCGGAAAUCUGAGUCAACUUAAUUGAACUUUACCUGUGCUAGUAGUAAUGUGGAGUAGACAAUUAGCUGUAACUCCACAAAUAAUCAUCUCUUCUUAUCUCCAACGCGCGCGCUGAUAAAAAUUAAAUUAAACCGAUAAAGUGAGAGUCAAUAUUUACCGAAUUAGUGCAACUAGAACUAUUAACGUCUGCGUUUGUGUUUUGAUAAAAUGUUUUAAUUGCACAGUGCCGUCGGAAAGAGUGUGUUGUAAAUGGUAGCUGAACUACAAAACAACUACCUUAUGAAUAUAUAAUAUGUGUGCAAUCGGCAAAAGUGGUGGCAGUUAAUUUUUGCGCGUGAAAGCAAAAGCAGUUAGUGAUUUACAUGUGAAUGCAUUUUCAUACAUAUUUAUAUUUGUUAUUUAACUACUGGCAACAGCGCAAUAUUUAAAAGGCAGCCCAAAGUGUGCAUUUACAUACGUGUUUUUAUAGUGUAUUUGUGUGUGCACACGCUUAUUUAUGUAUGUCUGCGCGUAUAAGUGUAAAGCAUAACAACCGCAAACGCCAAUAAAAUUUCAACAAAACAAAAAAAAAACUAAAAAAAAAACCAAAAAAAGCAAACCGCUUAAAUGAUGUUGCACUCCAUGAAAUUGUGCGCUGAUAAACUUAAUGGCAUAACUGCGGCUGUGGCAACACCUACCAACACGGCGGUGGCAGCAGUAGCAGUAGCGCCUCACCAUCAUCCGCUGGUUGUUAAUCCCGCAGUCACAUUGCCAACACCUGUUGCUAUUGUAAAUGCAAAUGCCAAUGCCGCCAUUUCGGAUAAUAAUAAUUUAAAUAGUGCCAUUGCUGCUAACACUUUAGCAACAACAUUAACAACACCAUCGGCCAACGCCAACGCCAACAACAACAACCUAGUGAACACUAGCCACAUGAACAGCAACAGCCUUAACAACAACGGUAACGGUAUUUUGCAUCGGCAACUUCAUCAGUAUCAAGGCAAAUAUUUGGACGCACCACAGCCGAGUGCUACGAAAUUCCAUCCAUAUUUGCGUCCAACAGCAGUGGUGGGCAAUGAGAAUUCAUGCGCUGGUGUUGUUGCUGUUGCUGCUGCUGCUGCAUGCCCGCCAACUGUAAUUGGAGCAGCGGGAACGGCAACGCCAACGGCAACUUCAGCGGGGGCAAGUACAUUUGCGGCACCACUGUUUCCCGCAUUUCAAAGUACACUAAAUUCCAACAUUGCCACCGUCAACAACAAUAACAAUAAUAGCAACAGUAAAGGGCCAACAGUAACCACAACUGGUGUUAGCGGCGUUGACGUUGCUAACGUUACAACAUCACCGAGUGGAUUACUGAGUUUGCCAACAAAACAACCGACAUCUGUUGCCACCAAUGUUGCCAACAGUAUUGCAGCAGCAGCAACAACAGCGGGAUACCUUAAUACGCAGGCGACGUACGGCAAUGUUAACGGUAACAACUAUACGACAGCGCCUCCUGUAAAAAGUGAAAAAAUGUCGGAUAGUGAGGACAGCGCUCAACAAAUUAGCAAUGAAACAAAACAUGCUGCAGCGAUAUUUAGCGAUUCUCUGAUGGAGGAUUGUCCAAAUUUCACAGUCAAUUUGAAGAAUGAUACCCAAGAUGGCAAUGGCAUGGAUGUUGCCUCCGUUGAAGACAAUGAGUUUGCCAAAGAUCAACCCGAUCCAGAUAAUAUUAAAAUGUUUGUCGGUCAAAUUCCCAAAUCAUGGGAUGAAACACAAUUAAGAAAGAUGUUCGAACAAUAUGGUCGCGUACACACGCUUAAUGUCCUACGCGACAAAGUGACGACAAUGAGCAGAGGGUGCUGUUUUGUUACGUAUUAUACACGCAAGGCUGCUUUGAAGGCACAAGAUGCCUUACAUAAUAUAAAAACACUUGAAGGGAUGCAUCAUCCAAUUCAAAUGAAGCCAGCUGAUAGUGAGAAUAGAAAUGAGCGUAAACUUUUCGUUGGCAUGUUAAAUAAAAAAUAUAAUGAGGCCGAUGUGAGGCAGCUGUUUACGGGACAUGGCACCAUCGAGGAGUGUACGGUGUUGCGCGACCAAAAUGGGCAGAGCAAAGGUUGUGCAUUUGUGACGUUUGCAACGAAGCACAAUGCCAUUGGAGCUAUUAAGGCACUACACCAAAGCCGCACCAUGGAGGGCUGUUCAGCGCCGCUCGUAGUCAAGUUCGCCGACACACAAAAGGAAAAAGACCAAAAGAAAAUGCAACAACUACAAGCCAGUCUUGUUGGCAUCACCACACUGACGACACCACCAACAGGCUCUAUCACCGGCUUAGCUGCGGCGCCCAACAAUGGCCUCAGUCCAGCAGCUGCCGCAACGCUAGUACCGAGCCCCUUAACAGCGGCUAGCGUACGCUCAAAUCCCUCGAUGUCAGCAGCACUUGCAGCCGUAGCUGCAGCACCACAACCCGCAGCUGUUGCAAAUCCUGCCUCUGCACUGGUGCCUACAUCGGCAGCGAUCUCAGUGUCGCCAUCACUAUUAACUGCCGCCGGCAGUCCACAACAAACAUCGCCAUACCUGACCACUACGGACGCUAUGAAUGCGUCGGCAGCACAGCUGCACCUAUUCCAACAGUUGCAGGCAUUCGGAUUACAUCCAGCGCAGUAUUUACAAGGACUAAAUUUCCCACCGGAUCACAGUGUCACAACCGCAUCUUUAUCGGCCGCUGCCGCUGCCGCCACCGCCGCCGCCGCAGCCAACCACCAUGCCACCACAUCAGGUGCAGCUGAUGCGUCUAACCAGCCCAGCAACAAUGUUGGCAAUGGACUACUCUCAGCUCGAUCCAUUCCGAUGCAGAACUUGGUAACGCUAGCCACCUUGGGCGCACACACUUAUUCACCAAACCAAACGCUUCAUCAGACACACAGUCAUAUCGUCGCUCAGGCACAACAUCAACACCAACAACAGCAGUCUCAACAGCGUCAAGCCCAUGGUUUAUCAUAUGCGAACGCGCAAACUUUAAGCGCAACUACACAGGCACAAGCACAGGCGCAGGCACAGGCACAGGCGCAGGCGCACAUAGCUCACCUACUACAAACGCCAAUGACGAUGACUGCACAGCUGACUGGCGCUCCGACCAGCAAUAUAUGGCCCGGCGGAGAUAGUCUGACCUCACCAUAUGCAACCACACUAAGUCCCUUAACUAAUGGUGCUGCUUUUGCAGCUACCGCUUCACCUUUAACCGCCUCAGCUUUACAAGCCGCUGCAGCUGGAGUUGCGGGAAAACAGGUAGAAGGACCAGAUGGCAGUAAUCUUUUCAUCUACCAUCUACCUCAGGAAUUCACCGAUACUGAUCUCGCAUCUACAUUUCUACCAUUUGGCAAUGUUCUCUCCGCCAAAGUGUUCAUCGACAAACAAACAAAUCUCUCCAAAUGUUUCGGUUUCGUAUCCUAUGAUAAUUCACUAUCGGCAAGCGCCGCCAUACAAGCAAUGCAUGGUUUUCAAAUUGGCACAAAACGUUUAAAAGUACAAUUGAAACGCUCAAAGGAUGCAGCUAAGCCAUACUGAAGAUGCAGCACAGAGAGGAAAGUGAAGUUUAAAUAAUGGUUAUGCAUACACGCACACACACACUCACACACAAACAUGCAUACAUGCAGAGAGUAUAGCCUGCAGCGAUAUAUAAACCAAAGGACAAAAUUUUCUUAGUGAAGAUGAAAGUUCAAGUCAAAGUGCUUUUAAGUGCAUAAGCAUCUUAUACAUACAUAUAUAUAUAUAUAUAUACAUAUAUAUAUAAUAAAUAUAUAUAUAAUAAAUAUA